AUUUUCAGGUUGAAAACAAGUUCCGCUGAAGAGGCUCAAAAAAGACUGGACCAUUGCAAAUCUAGUAGUCAUAUGAAGCAGUAGACAACUUUUAACACGGUUCUCUUCAUUUACCCUUGAGUAAACUGAUACUAGUUGUCAUACAUUAGACAGCGCGAGGGAUUCAGCACUGGAGCUGUCCAGGGUUCCGCGCCUUUGUACUCGCGCUUCAUUAAACCACGUUGUUUUUCUUGAACUGCGGAAUAUUUGCCUGAGGAGAUUUCACACAACACCAGGCUGUACCUCACGAUCAGAGACGCACACCCUUCAUUGACGAAAGCGAAGCCUUGAAAUGACAGUUUGCAGUGCGUAAGAGGAACAGAAGAAAUCGAGUCUGAAGUCCCGGAGCACAAUCCGAUUUCAUCCCAGCCAUGGGUGUGCUGAUGUCCAAGAAGCAGCAGGUGGAGAAGGUGCAGAAGUGCAACGCGGUGGUGUCAGCCUUUCAACAAGGUUUGAAGGACAGAGCGCCUCAAGCCUCUGCAGGUCACACCGAAGAGAUUGUGACUGAGAAUGGAGAUGGAUCUGCAGAGGGAUCUCAUCAGCCCAACACAGAUCAUGCUGAACAGAAAGAAAAGGACAAGACAGGGUCUUUAUCUACUUCCUCGGCCCCAUCUAGAGAGGAGAAUAAGGCCAAUCAGGAGGCUUGGGGGCGUCUCAGAGAUGGAAAGGGGGUGGAGCCAGAGGACCUAAAGAAGUCACAUCAACUCACUCCUCCUGCGUUCGUGCGGCCGAAGAGAGACGUCAACGAUGACCAGCCAGUAGAUGUUCCACUUGGGCAAAGAGAACAGCCUGUCAACGAUGAGAUGUGCGACGUGUGUGAGGUUUGGACAGCCGAUGAUCUGUUCCCCUGCCGGAUGUGUACCCGCGUUUUCCAUGACGGCUGUCUGCGGGAGAUGGGUUACCUGAGUACAGAAGCCCUGCAGGAGAUGAGAGAAUCUGCUCACACCACCAGCGGCUGGAGCUGCUAUUACUGCGAUAAUGUGAACUUGCUGCUCACAGAAGAGGAGAUGUACAGUCUAAUGGAGACUUUCAAGCAGUGCAAGAUCAUUCCAGAAUCAUGCCUGGUAUCAGAUGAACUCCUGCAAUACAGGCACUUUGUGACCAAGCAGCUCUUUGAAAGAGAUUUGACUGAUGAGGAGGAAGAGGAGGUGCUGGCCCAGUUUGCAGCUCUAGAUCCAGAGAAAAAGGGUCAGAUCGAGUGGUCUGACUUUCUUUACCAUGAGUCACUUUCAGUCCUGCAGAAGUUUCGCACUGAGAAUUCGCUGGUAAGAAUUCUCACAGCGAAGGAGAGGGACCGGGCUCGAGCUGUUUUUCAGAGUCUGGAUCAGGACAAAGAUGGGAUCAUCACUGUUGGAGAAGCCAAACGGGCCCAAACCUCCUGGUUUCACAAGAUGAACAAAGACUCACAGUCUUGCAAUGUCAGGCUUACAGGAUUGUGUUUCCCUUGCAAUGUGGGCAUCAGUCAUGUAGGACCAAUAUCUGAGAGCAGUCCAGCGAGCUCCAGCAGUGAGAGAAGCAGAGAUAAAGCCAUGGAAAAUGACAACAGACCGUUUACCUGGGAAAACUUCCUAAGGCAAAGCGCCAUUUACAUCCUGGCCGCCAGGCCCAACAGCUCAGCCCUGCACAUCCGUCUGCCUCUCUAACCACUGCCCCAAUGCCUAAGACUUCAAGAUGGGCUAGAGGAAACCGUCUAGGUCCGGUUUUAAGAGACACAGGUGCUCAGAACUUAUUGCCCGACACCACGAGAGUAAAAGCAAAAAGAGUACGCCAACACAUUCGAAGAACGUACAAGCCAUGGCCGGAUUCUCCCUCCAAUGACGCAACACUUGAACCACAGCACAUCUGUCACCACUUCAGAAUUGAGGUUUUAGAAGCUGUACACUUUUGUUUUUGUGACCAAGAUGGACUAAAAACAUGUUUACCCUUUAACAGAGAAAUGCACACUGUUUGCUUAUAGUGUUUUUGGCAUUAGUCGUAUUCAAAUUGUGGCUAUAGCCAAUUAGUUUGCAGGAUCAACGUGAGAUCAAUGGUUGCAUCAUUGCUUAUCUAAUUUCACAUCUGAUGUCUGUCAUUACAAAAUCUAAAUAUAGUGAGAUUAAAAGAGAAAAAUGCUAUAUAGAUACUAUACAAAGUCUAUAAAUAUAUUUCAUACAAUAUAUAUACAGGAUAUUGUAUGCAUAUUUAUUCCCAUUAAUUUAAGGAUGGAUUAUGGCCUAGGCCAAUGGGAAGGUUAAUCUAAAAACAAGGCACUACUAAGGGAAAUAAUUACAAAUAUUAUCAACCAAAUAUUAAACUAGACUUGGUUAAAUACAUUUUGGGACAUUUUAGGGCAAAGUUCUUGAAUAUUAAAGAAUUUAUUAUUAAAAAAAAUUCUGGGUCUGGAAUAAAUGUAACUCCUGUAGAUGUGGAAAUGCUCACCUAUGAUUCAAAAAGAUCUUCCAAAAAAAUUCUCUAUUGUGGUUAUUUAAAGGCAAGACAAUAUGUUAAGGUUUUGAACUUACUGCCUGUAAAACCCUUCUAUUCUCUUCCUUCCACAUAUUUUUGCAUUAGAAUCAUGUUGAAUUUGUUCUUAGACGUGGUGCAGAUAAGACAAAACCCAUACCUAAAACCUUUUUAUUCUUAGGCAGAACUAUACACACUUCUGUAAAAUAGCACUUCGGUUUACACUCAAUAUAUCAAACUGUAUGAGGGGUAUGUAACAUCAUAUCAAUGUUUACGUAUACGGUCAUAUCCACUGUAUUUGCUUAUUUUAUAUUGCUCAAGGCAGUUAUUUCAAGGGACUGUGCAAUACUCCUAAGUUUUGCUGGUAAUGCUGGAAAUAAAUGCAUGAUGUUAACUCCAAAACUAAGA